CCCUUCUUUUCCCUCCCCUCCGCAUAACUAGGGUUUCAUCUCUCUCUCUCUCUCUCUCUCUCUCUCGCUCUCGCCAUGAAUCUUGCACGAUUCCUCACUUCAAAGUCCCCAAAUCCGCAGAAAUGGCUUCUACAUCGCCUCAUCGCCUCCUUCCCUUUCUCCACUGCGGGAUCGCCAGCGAAGCGCUCUUACAAAAGGAACCCUCAGACCCAAUCCUCAAAGACUGAGGAGACAGCGUCGAGCCCGGUGGAUAACGAUGAGUUGAAGCUCCCCAGGCCUAGCGAGAUCCCUUUCCAGCCUAAGGUCGCGAAUUUGGUCCAGCUCGUUGGGACCAUUGGCGUGCCUGUCCAGCUACAAACCUCGCCGGAGGGGGUUUACUCCGCUGCCUCUGUUCUUGUUCAUGAGAAGACUGUGGAUUUCCCGCGAUUCUGGAUUCCAGUUAUCUUUCAAGGUGAUUUAGCAAAAAUUGCUGCUUGCCAUCUAAAUGAGCGUGAUCAUGUCUACAUAACUGGACAACUAAGUGGAGAUGCACCUCCUGUGAAGUUUGAAAAUGUUCAUGCUAAUGUUCAGGUUCUGGCUCAUACCCUUAGUUUUGUACAAGGAUGUCUGAAGGACAGAGAGUUGGCAUACACGCAAAAGGCUAUGUCUUUGGAUUUUUCAGCCAAAAGAGAUGAAGAUCCAAGCACCUUUUAUUUGUGGGUUGACCUUCUUACAAACCCUCAUAAAUGGUGGGAUAACAGAUCAAACAAUGUCAAUUCAAGAUCUCCUGCAUUUAGACAUAAGGAUAAUGGCCAAGUAUUGUUUAUAAACAAAUCUACUCCUGAAUGGGUCAUAAAAAAGUUGGAUGCACCAACUUUCAGUCAGAGAACCGAAAAAGUACCCUCAAAUGGGACUUCAAGGCUUGCAAUUUUGAAGAACUUUUGGAGUGACCUCAUUGAUAAUCCACAGAAUUGGCAGGAUUAUAGAAUAAAUAAGUUGAAUCCAAAAUUCCCCGACUUCAAGCAUAAAGAUACCAGAGAAUCACUAUGGCUUAACACCGCACCUGCAGAGAUCCUAUUAAUGCUUGAUGGGUUACAAUUUGCUGAGGGUAACAGUACAACUAAAACAGCAAAAAUUCUAUCUGUAAAUGAAAAAGAGAACCUAUGGAAGGACUUGGUGGAAAAUCCUAAGAACUGGUGGGACAACAGGUCUGACAAGUUGAAACCAUCCCAACCUGAUUUCAAGCACAAGGUAACCGGUCAAGUUUUGUGGCUUGAUUCAUCAACAACACCGUCAUGGGUGUUGGCCGACCUGCCCCCGCCAAGCUCUAAAUCAAAUGAUGCUAGAAAGCAGGGUACAAAUGAUGCUGGAAAACAGGAUACGGUUCUCACAUGAAUUCAGAUUCUGACUUCCAUUUGUAAAUGAGUUGCGUGGCCUUAUACUGAAUCCCGUAUUCCAUUCCAAAGCAGAUCUUGCAGUGUUGGAUUAUAAUACCGGUUUUUUUUUUGUGUGCUGAUAUUCGUUGUAGCACUACAGCAGCCCAAUUUUGUUGUGCUUUUUUUUUUUUAUAAUGAGAUAACCAAUAUAUAUUAGAAACAUUCCAAAGUAGAUCUUACCAACAAUCAAAUGAUCUAUUGAUAGAUGAGUUCCGUUAUUACUUUUCAUAAGUGGUGAGUGUUUAAAUCACAGGUGAAAACACAUUUUUUGUAUUCUAGAAAUAUGAACAGUGAU